UGAUAUAUUGCGCAAUGAUAUCGUCCCAAUGACAUCUUAAUAGGAAUAAACUGACAUCGGAAAAUAGCGGAACCCCAUUAAACUCCGAGUCUUCACUAUACUAUUUUUAGUUCUAGACUCUCAUCUACAUACGUAUAACGUACAGUCGAUAAUGGGGUAGGUAUCACGAUUUAAGUGGCUGCGCUAAAAGCAUGAAAUGAGAGAUACGUAUCAGUUCCAUUAAUAUCGAACUUGCGAUACAGCAGCGAUUUCAUUUUCAGUUAUAUCGGUUACUCAGAGUACUUGGUAAUUUUGUCGUACACCUCGGAGGGUCUUACUACGUAUUUAUUCUGAACUUUCAACCGUGCAUUGAUUGAAAUGCAUAAAUAAAUAAAUGAAUAAAUAGAUGAAUAAAAAAUAAAAUUAUUCAACGUUUGCAGUAGCAAGAGUUGCGGGAUAAUUCGUGGCCUGCAGUGAUACAAGUUUAUUUAUGAUCAAAAAACCCGUCUUCGAUUGGUAUUUCUUUGACCACGGGGAACAGAAACGCUUUAGUUUGAACCUGAUCCAGCACCUCUUGAUCGGGCACUAACUGCGAUAUAUACAGCUUGAUCUCGAGUGAUUAAUGAGAAGGGAUAGUUUUAAGGUGCGGCUCGAAAAAUAACCAGGAGUAAAUGAUACGGUAGAGAAAACGGAUCAAUCCAAGUAAAAUUAUAUUUCAAUUGCAACUGCGGAUUACGCGUGGUUUUCUCAAUAACGCACAUUCGUUUUCAGAUCAUAAUCUUUGAUCGUUACCGCGUGAUCACCGCGAUAUGAAACAUUAGCAGAUCGAACGAUCGCAAUUAACCCGUUGGUGAUCUAAAUUAUCUCUCACUGAUACACGAUCGAUCCCCGUUGGGUCUUGGACAGUUUUUACAACGCGACGAUUAUCGUUGUAGGUAUUUACCGUCACAUUGCAGUAUAGUUAUGAUAAGGUAUUUCGUAAACAGUUAUUAUCGCAGCUGCGCAUAAUGCACAAUUUGCGUUUACGUAUACGCGGGUAUGAAGAGAUCACUCGAUAGAGUCUUCUGUCUUGUUAAUACCUUUCAUGUAGGGAACAACGAACAUUGUAUUAUGACGUUAAACCAGUAGCAUCGAGAGCUACCUGGACCUGAGAGAAAGGUAUUAUGAUUCGGUUAAAUGGGGAGCUGCUGUUAUGUCUCGAAUAAGACGCGAGUACGGCUGUUAUGACGAGGUUUCUUUUUCAAAUUAUAAUCUUAACUACCGUCAGUGUAACUGGAUAAGAUUCCUACACAUUGUUCAGACCUACAAUGACCAGGUGAAUCUGAUCGGCACCAAAGUCAGAGGGGAACCGAUAUUCGAGGUGAUUAAAGAUGUACAGCCAGACACGGAAUUGGCGGCAUGUUUUGUUCCCGUAGACGAUCGCGAUUUGGUUCUUAUAUCGCACGCCCAAUGGACACGUACGGCGAUCUAUAGGUACACGAUAGAUUCAAUUUUGGACGAAUCCCCGCUCGAUCUGUCAAUGGCCUUAUUAUCGCAUCAGUCAUCGUCUACGGUUCCGUCUUGCUACGAGGCUGACGAAUACGAAUCGACAUCCGGCGAAUCUUCGACGUCUACGUUAUCCCUAGUUGGCGAUCAUUUAGAAUGCAGCAUCCUUACAACGAUGAAACGAGGCGAGCGCGUUUUACUGCCUUGUGAAGUUUGCGGAAAAUCUUUCGAUCGUCCUUCCUUACUUAAAAGGCAUAUGCGAACGCACACAGGUGAGAAACCUCACGUUUGUAUGGUUUGCAACAAAGGAUUUUCAACAUCGAGUUCUUUAAAUACGCACAAACGAAUACACAGCGGAGAAAAGCCACACCAGUGUCUCGUUUGUGGGAAAAAAUUUACCGCCUCUUCGAAUUUAUACUAUCACCGAAUGACUCACAUAAAGGAAAAACCGCACAAGUGUUCACAAUGUUCAAAGUCGUUUCCAACGCCCGGUGAUUUGAAAAGUCACACCUACGUUCACAACGGUCUCUGGCCAUUCAGGUGCCACAUAUGCAACAGAGGGUUCAGUAAACCGACAAAUUUGAAAAAUCACAUGCUCCUACACUUGGGAAGAUGUUCGAACAAAAAGUUUGUCAAAUCAGAUUUAUGAACGGGCUGAGCUGAUCACAAAGAAUAGACUGACAACGAAAUGCGUCAUGCCAUUUCGUUUUUACUACGUAAGUGCUGCGCACAUCGAUAAAGGGAGAAAAAGUCACGGGCUGAGUGGCGGAACUGCAAUAGUCUGAAACUAGUAGAACGUGGUAGGACUAAAAAAUGUUCAUAAAUUAUCGCGUCCAAUUAGUAAUAAUCAUCCUCCUAUACUUACACAUGUGAGUACCCCACCUGCGAGCGUGCAGGUGUGCAUGGAUACGUUACGGAUACAUUUAUUAUUGAAAUAUAAUAUAUAAUUUUUUGUCAACUCGUGCAUGCAAACGAAGGGAAAUUUCAACACAAUGAUGAAUCAGGGUUGUGCUGAAGGUAUAAUAGGUACCUACGAAUUGUAGAAAUUUAAUAUCUUCUAGAGUUCAAAGCUGUGAAUAAUGAGAUUUUAAGGCUGAAGCCAACGUAAGUUCGAAAAAAUUUCGAUAUCAUAUAGCUUUAAAGAUUGACGUUGUAAACGAAAAGAUUGAAAUAUACGUUAUAGGUAAUUAAUAACAAGGUAAUUACGCUGAAUCGGAACUGUGGGGAAAAUUAUUACAUAUAUUUAAUACGAACUCUCAUUACGGUGAAGAGUUUCAGUGUUGUCUAUCGCUCCUCGACUAUAUAACUAAUUUAGUUUUUAACUCUUGAUAGUAAAGGUGAAAAAAAUCUUAAGACGAUUUUCCUGUUCGAUUCCGAUUCGGCAUAAUUAUCAAUAAUAGCCAUUCGUAUUACGUAUUUUAUUAUUGUAUAAUAAUACCGACGAUGGUGGGAAUCUCUUGGCACCCUGAAGGCUGCUGCUAUACAUACCUAAGUAAGUAGGUAUAUGUAACUAAAGAAAUCGUUCACUGGAACUUUUAGCAGUCGAUUAAUUCAGUGGAUUAGCAGUCUGGAGAUUGUCUUGUAAAUAAUGUUACUCCAAUAAAUUUAGAUUAGAAAUAAA